UCUGCAGGUUAAAGUGGGGGAAAAAAACAAACCCAGAAACAUUGUUGACGGGAUAGAUUUUUCAACAUGAAUCGUGCUUUUAGCAGGAAGAAAGACAAAACAUGGAUGCACACUCCUGAAGCCUUAUCAAAGCAUUAUAUUCCCUAUAAUGCAAAGUUUCUUGGCAGUACGGAGGUGGAGCAGCCCAAAGGCACAGAAGUUGUAAGAGAUGCUGUUAGAAAAUUGAAGUUUGCAAGACAUAUCAAGAAAUCUGAAGGCCAGAAAACGCCCAAAGUUGAACUACAAAUCUCAAUCUAUGGUGUAAAAAUUCUAGAUCCAAAAACUAAGGAAGUCCAGCACAACUGUCAGCUCCAUAGGAUAUCAUUUUGUGCCGAUGAUAAAACUGACAAGAGAAUAUUUACUUUCAUAUGCAAAGACUCAGAAUCAAAUAAGCAUCUGUGCUACGUAUUUGACAGUGAAAAGUGUGCGGAAGAGAUAACUUUAACAAUUGGUCAAGCAUUUGACUUAGCUUACAGGAAAUUUCUGGAAUCCGGAGGAAAAGAUGUUGAAACAAGGAAACAAAUUGCAGGUUUACAGAAAAGAAUUCAAGAAUUAGAAACUGAAAACACAGAGCUGAAAAAUAAAGUUCAAGAUUUGGAAAACCAGUUAAGAAUCACACAAGUACAUACAUCUCCACUGCUGCACAUAAAGUGUGAUAAUGAUGAACAUAUGUUUCAAAGACCCUCUACUUUUUUCUGGUGUAACAGUGAGGAUUCACCUCCUUGUUUAGAUAUCUCUUCCAUUACGCUUACUCCUAGGAGUUCUCCUGACUCCAGACUACCAUCUGGAUUGUUAAUACCACCACCUUCAAAAAGUGGUCUUCCAAAGCCAACCAGUGAAUACAGCUGCCCAAGACCUCGUGUAAUCCUGCUGUGCAAAAGCUUUUUCAGUUUUUUUUUUUCCACUUUGUCGUAUAUUAACUUGUUUUAAAAAAAUGUGCAUUUUGUACAGUGGUUAAAGGACAGAGCAGAUGUAUCUUACAUUCUCUAGGGAUACUCUAAAUAUGGAAUUUGUGAAGAUUUAUUUCUACAUAUUUUUUUCUCUCCCACCCUCAGAACAUAAAUUCUUAUUUUCCCAACAUGUUUAAAUUAGUCAAUUAAUUACUUCUGUGUUAUCUGUUAAUCUUUUGUUAAAAUUAUUUAUACUAAAAAUAGUUAUUGAAACCAAACAAU